AUGGCUAUAAAGACCGUUAUUUGCAUCGGUAUGGCCGGUUCAGGGAAAACAACUUUUAUGCAACGUUUAAACUCACACUUACAUGCUGCUAAGGAACCGCCCUAUGUGAUAAAUCUCGAUCCAGCAGUCUUGCGGGUUCCAUAUGGUGCUAAUAUAGAUAUUCGUGACUCUGUCAAGUAUAAGAAGGUAAUGGAAAACUAUAAUCUUGGUCCUAAUGGUUCCAUUGUGACCAGUCUUAAUCUAUUCAGCACGAAAAUUGAUCAAGUUAUCAAAUUAGUGGAGAAUAAGCGAGACAAGUACGAACACUGCAUAAUAGAUACUCCCGGCCAAAUUGAAUGUUUUGUUUGGAGUGCAUCUGGGUCUAUAAUCACAGAGUCCUUCGCUUCUACUUUUCCUACUGUCAUCGCUUACAUUGUGGAUACUCCGCGGAACUCCUCACCUAGCACCUUUAUGAGUAACAUGCUUUACGCCUGUUCUAUUUUGUACAAGACCAAACUGCCCAUGAUUGUUGUUUUUAACAAGACCGAUGUUUGCAAGGCUGAUUUUGCACGCAAGUGGAUGACCGAUUUCGAAGCCUUCCAGGAGGCUUUGAGGGAAGAUCAAGAAUUAAAUGGCGAAUCAGGUAUGGGAUCAGGAUAUAUGGGGUCUUUGGUCAAUUCUAUGUCGCUGAUGCUGGAGGAAUUCUAUUCACAAUUGGAUAUGGUUGGUGUCUCUAGUUACACGGGAGAGGGCUUCGAUGAUUUCUUGAACGCGGUGGAUAAUAAAGUAGUCGAAUAUGAAAGCUAUUACAAGGCCGAAAGAGAAAGAAUAUUGAAGGAAAAAGAAGAAAGGGAAAAAGCCGAGAAAGAAAAGUCUCUGGAGCAUUUAAUGAAGGAUCUUGGCAUUAAAGAGAAAGUCGGGUUGGAAAAGACAAGUAAUGAUGAUGCAGAUGUGCUGAGUGACCUAGAGGAAGGAGAGAAUGAUGGCAUUAUUCUACGCGAUGAAGAGGAAGGGAUUGAUAGGGAAUACACAUUUGCUGGUGAUGAAAGACUCACUGGCGAGAUAAACAGUCGUGACACUCCUGAUUUGCAGAGGAGAUAUGAGGAAGCGUUACAGAAAGUGGCAAAGUCAGCUAGUAGUGAAACUGCAGAAAACAUUGCAAAAUAUAUCAGACAGUAA